GUCAACCAAAUGUGAGAAUAAUCACUGGGAGAGCAUAGCUGACUGUCAAACACAAUCCAGCAGUAACAGCAACAACUGCAGCAGAAGUAUAUCACACACACUCAAACACUCCAGAGAUUGUGAUGAUGUACUCUGCGUCUGUGUUCCAUACAAGACAACGAGUUUCUUUAGUAUGCUUUCUCAUACAUAGUGCUUGAUUAAACAAAAAUAGCAACAGCAAAGAGAAGACGAAAAUAAACUUUUUUGUAUGAAAAAAGCUCAUUUAAAACUUAACAAACCACUCAAAAAAAAGUGCCGUAAUUUAAGGAUUUUAAAUUUGUUGCUUAAAUUAAGUUUGUGAUAAAAUUUAAUAAAAAAAAUUGAAAAUUUAAAGAAGCUUUUACGCUUAAACGAAAAACCUUACUUUCAACAUUUGUGUUAAAACCCCUUCCGUCAACACGUUACCACCAAGUCCCUCACUUGAAGCUGCUGUAGAGGCAACAACAAUCGAUCAAUGUUGUGUUCAUAACAACGAAAAUUGUUCUUCUGCUAUAUGCUGCCGUCCGGCUAAUUCCACGGCUUUUUCAUUGUCGUCAUCAACGUCAUCAUCUUUAGCACAAGCAUUGCCCCCAGCCGCCGCUUUUUCCUUAAGUACACCUGCAACGCCUGCUACUGUCACCGCCGCUAGCAUUUCAAACCAUAGACCGCCGGUUUCUCCGUGUACAACCGCCACCAGCACAGUUACAACGAAUUUAUCUUCAUCAGCUCCUGCUUCGCGUAGCAGUAGUAACGUUUUGAUCGGUUUGGAUCACAUCUUUACAUCAUUCCUAAUGAAAAUGGAAGUUUUGUCAGUGCAAAAUCAUCAUAUACAAAAGCAAUUUGGUGUUAUCGGUUCAACAAAAGUUAAAAAAGACUGGACAAGUUCCCUUACACCACCCUCAUCAAGAACAACUACACCGCCAACAAAUCUAACAGCUGCAUCUACAACACCAUCAUCUACUAAUACCACAACGACAGCAACAACUUUUUACAAUUCUCUCCAUAGUCCCAUAGAACAUUUCGACGUUGUUGAUGGUCUUAAGCCACAACAUAAUACAGCUUAUUUCACACACACCAACAACUCCAGCCACCACCAAUACCAACAGCAGCACAGCCAGCACACUUUUGACAUGGAAACAGCAACUGCAGCUUCUGCAUCACCCAAAGGUGUCGUCGGCAUUGAGUCAACUGGCAGUGCUCAUUAUGCAUACAAUAAUAAUCUCUUGUAUUGUGCACCCAAUACCACAACAGUAGCCACCAAUACCACAGCCGUAGCAGCAGCAGUUUCUAAUCAAAUGUCGUCAUAUCACCAUCAUCAUUCCCCUCUCACCGGCAUACCGAUUGCCGCCUUGACCCCGUCGCCGGUCUCUUCGACUUUGUCCACACCCACCGAAGCCACAGAACAUUUUGGCAUUGCACACGAUGACGAUGUGGAUGCGGCUGCUGUUAAUGAACUUUCACAGCGUUUGCAGGCCGAAUUACGUGCUGCCAAAAGUCGUCAUUUAUCAUGUACUGAAGUUUCUUUGCCUUGGGAUUUAACACCUCGUAUAGCGGCUGAUAUGAUUAAAACAUCCGAACGAGAACCGUGUGGUGUUCGAGGUUGUGCUAUUUUUAUUGAUUUUGAAGAUGAGACAGGCAGUGCCAGGCGCAUUGCUUCCUUUAAGGUAGAUCCAAAUACCGUUUCAACUUUUGAAUUAUUUUUAACGUUAAAACAAGACAAAGGUGGCUGGACUUCAUUAUUGCCACAAUUUCUCAAAAAUCUUACCCGCAGCAGUACAAUAUUAAUAAGUCCACAUUUUUCAUUAAAUAAACAUAAACUUUAUGCCUGUGAGUAGGAAACAACAUUUUUUUUUUA